AUGGCGACGGCCGACAAAGGCGGCAGAAAGACAACGAUUCGAAGAUCUUCAAGCGAAGAUGACGAUUCCUUUGUGUACAUCUUUGACAGACGAUAUGGGGAUGCUCCAGAGGUCAAAAUCAAAACUGCGGGGUUAUUUACUUUCCUUGACUUUAAGGCCAGGGUGAAAGAGGUUUUAGAGAUACCGGAUGCAGAAGAAUUUGUCAUCACGUACAAUCAGGAGGAGAUCAACAAUGAUUCUACCUGGGAUAUCGUGGAGAAUGGGGAGACCCUGUAUGUGCUGAAGACAAUAAGUCAAGAGUUAACUGCCCCUGCUCAGGAGCGCGUCAACUAUCUGCCUCACUAUGACACCAUCGUCAAGGGUGGAAUGUAUGAGUAUUACGCCUCUGAGGGACAGAAUCCUUUGCCGUAUGCGUUUGCGGAGCUCAUUGACAAUGCGUUAGCUGCAACUGCAUUCAACACUGGACAGAGGAAGAUAGAGCUGCGCCUGCACUUUGAUGAUAAUACCAAGCGAAACUCCAUCUACAUUGUUGACAAUGGGAAAGGCAUGACACCACGACAACUCAAUAACUGGGCCAUUUACAGGUUGUCCAAAUUUAACCGAAGGGAGCGGCGAAGAUUUAAAGACAGUACCAAUGACACUGAAGUGAGUUUCCUGGCAGAUGAUUCGGCUCCCAGGUCGCUGAACAGUGACAUAUCCUAUUUCGGCGUGGGCGGAAAACAGGCCAUAUUCUACAUAGGAUCAUCCACAAGGAUGAUUACGAAAUCUUUGGAUUCGAAAGAUGUCCAUGAACUAACAAUCUCAAAGGAAGAAUUUGAGAAGAAAGAACAGAACCAUGAGUCCAUUUACAGUGGUUUUAUCAGGAAUAGAAAGCCAGGUGAUGAUCGUCACAUUGGCAACGACGAAACAUUACGUCGUCUGAUCCAGGAAGAAGCUGGGAAGGAGAGUUUCACUGCUGUUGUCAUAGAGAACGUCGCACCUGAACACAUCCCCUACCUGAAGCUACACCUGAAGGAGUGGGCCAGACAGCUAGCACACAUUUAUCAUUAUUACAUCCACGGCCCAAAUGGAAAUGUGGAUGACGAAAACCUUAGACCCGGAAGUCCGUUCAAAAACAUUGACAUUGAGGUGAAGGUGUACAAUGGUAAAAACACUGGCCCUCCUCAAGUCAUUUCCCUGCGCGAGAUUCACGAUGACAUGCAGUCACUGUUCGUACAGAAUUGUGCUCACAGUUUCGAGUUCAAGGCCAUUGUGGAGGGGUCAGGGAUUGUGGAAGGGAUCCUGCGGUAUCAUCCGUUCUUGUACGACAGAGAGACGUAUCCAGCGGAUACCAAUGAUCCACGCAUGGAACCCGAAGUAAAUGAUGAUCAUGACUAUGCGUUCAACGACAGACCUGCGCGGGGAAGAAGACCAAUCUUUGAGUGUUAUUGGAAUGGUAGACUGAUCCCUUACACACUGAUUGAAGAGUUUGAAUGGUGCUCUCCAUCCAAAAAGAACAAAGCUAUCCCCCCAGAGUGUUAUAACAGAGUUUCAGGUGUGUUGUGGACAAAUGAUGCGUUUCAAGUCAGCACAAAUAAAUUGACCUUCAUCGACCUUGAAAUGAAGUUGCGAGACAAGAACACCGUUUUCACCAGGACUUUAGGGGGGCAUGACAGGAGAACUGCCAUAGACAAGGAGUUUACCACGUGGCUGAAGGAAUGUCAUGAGAACCAUGACAAACAAGUGCGCUUCAGUGCCUUCAAAGGUCAGGUAACACGCACAGAUGUGCCGCGCCACAAGCAGACGCCUUGGAGUGUCUUCGAGCAGAUACAGUGGGACAACAAGGUGUUCAAGAAGGGAAGCCUGAUCAGAAUUGCGCGGACUGCACCCAUGGUGUUUGGUAAAGUAGAACGCUUCCUGUUGUAUGGGGACUACAAAGGGGAGGUGUUUGCUACUGGAGGAGACAUGGAGAUAGUGCAGGAGCCACGGUGUCUAUUUGACGAGGUGAAGAUGUGGCCAUUGUCACGCCUGGAUCGUCUGGCAUCAUCAAGCCUGGUACAGAGAUACCUGGAUGAGGAAGAGACCAAAUUUCCUGACCAUCUGGUUGUCACAUGGCCUGAGGGGAUGGAAGUGAUAGCCAAUGAGAAGCGCCGGGCAGGACAGACCAUAGGCGAUAUAAAGGUACAGAUUGGGAAUAAAAAGGGUGAAAUGAUGAACAAGCUACCUGGUCCUACAUCCUCCUCAAACCCCAAGAAACUGCUGGUUGAGCUGAAAAUCACCUGGCACUCACCAAAUGGUGAUGAAAACAUGGUGUCUCACAUCUGCCAGCAUGGCAAGAACUGGGGCUACUGGUUCAGGAGAAUGGAAAACAUCAAGAACCUGGGCCCUCACACCCUGCACAUCCAGGCUGUUCUCAAUGAGAGUGGAGGCAUCAUGUUUGCUGGCAAGCCACUGCCUAGUCACAAGAUAAAGUUUACAGUCAUAGAGGGCUUACCCGACAAGUUCACGGUGGGUGUACUGGACGGGCCGUUUCGUGUGGGUGUACCAUUCCAGAUUCCCCUGGAGUUUCAGGAUGAAUUCAACCACCCCACGAAACCCACCCCUGAUCUCAAGCCUGUUCUCUCCUCCAGCGGGUUGGAAAUCAGCUACUCAGGAACCCAGAUUAAGGGGAACUCACUCUUGAUCAACGGUAUCAUCGCAAAGGCAACCAUUGGUUCUACUGCAGGAAAGAGUUACAGUUUAAAGGUGCAGGUUCCAGGGAUAGAUGAGGACAAAGAAACGCUCAAAAUUAGAUUAGUGCCAGGACCCCCUGCAAGUCUGAGGGUUUCCCCAGAGAAGAAGGAGACAGAGAUUGAAAAUGGAAACCAGGUCAGAUUUGAUGUGGCUGUACUUGACAUCAUGGGAAACAUAACCACGGAAAACAAACUCAAUGUUGUCUGCAAGUUUACAGGAGCGCCUGGUUUACCAACAUACUCUGUGAACUUAGCAAGUCAAGGUCAAGGUCAGCUGACAGGAGAACCAAUUUGUCUGUCCACGGUCACAGAAAACACCAGCAUCAAUGCUAAAAUAGAACUCCAGGGACACAAAUCAGUGCCUGCUGUGGAGAAGGAAGUCCAUAUUCUGCCGAGUCAGCGAGUGGCUGAUGUCAAGGUGCGCUACAUUGUAGAAGGAGAGGAAGUUCCGAUUAAAAAUGGGUCCACCGUGUCAGGGGUUGCAGGGGAGCAAAUUCAGGGCAUUAGUUUUGCUGUGACGGACGAGGCUGGUCGUGAGAGAACAGUGGAUGAUAAAUUGGUCAGUUUGAUCAAGGUAAAUUGGACGCAUCGGGUGAACAAGUCUAUCCUACUCCAGGGGAAGCUGUCAGACAUCAAAAUCCCCACCUCCACCUCUGACAGCAAGUUCUGUCAGAUUCUCUUCCUCGAUGGAUCACACGUUGAGUUCACCUUCACAGUCAAGGCUCAGCCAGGUGAAGCAUCUCAGUUGAAGUGUCGAUGUACAGGUAAAGCUCAGGUGGGAUCUGGGGAGGUGCUGGCUUCAGAUAUACAGGUGCACAUCAAAGACAAGUUUGGUAAUGAGAUCACAAAGUUCACAGAUAAUCCUAUAGAAGACUUGGAGGUUUCAGGUGAUUGUAUUAACACAGACAGCAUGGUCAAGAAGCGGGGAAAGAAUUGUGCUGUGGUCGUGCAGUCUCUGGUUUUCAAGGAAGGCCUGAUAGGAGAGCAAGAGAUAAGCUUAAGGUAUAAGGACCUGAAGGAUUAUGUGAAGGUGGAGGUGCAGGCGGGGCCACCUGCAGACAUCGCACUGCCAGGCUGGGACCUGGAGCAGAUAUUCACGGUUUACAAUGAAAGUAAACUACCACACCCCCUGGUGGUGCAACUGGUCGACAAGGGAGGCAAUCCAUGUCGUGAGGCUGAUAUCAGGAUUUUAUUAGGAAAAGAUACAGGUGUUAAGUUUGUUCCUGCCCCCACCCCCUUACGUACUGACGACUUAGGAAAGGCAAACUUUGGGGUGCUGACUGUGUCUGGGAAAAUGGGUAUAUAUGAGUUACAACCAAAAGCGUUUCUGGCUGGCAAGAAUGUCAUUACAGGGCCGAAGUUACGUAUCAGUUUACAACCUGAUCCAAAUCGUCCCGUCCGGUUGGAUGUGGAUUACGAGGAGAGGGACAGCUACGAGGCAGGUGAAAAACUUACAGAUUUUACUGUCCGUGUGAUCGGAGAAGAUGAUAACUUGAUGUCUUCUGCCAUGGCUUCACAUCUGACCAUGAAACUUUGGAAGGUGGAGACAGGAGCUCAGUCCGAACCUCCCUCCAGGGCAAUCUCUCUGAAUCCUGAUACCAAAGGGAAGAAGAACAAUCCAGGGGUGUUUCAUUUCUCGAACAUCUCUCUUCCAAAUGUGUCUGGCAUGCACAACAUCAUGUGUGUUUACUAUGAUGGGAAGUAUGAUCUCUACAGCACUGUGAUAGAAAUAAAUAUAGUCCCCAGCAAGGUAAUGAAGUUGUCUCCCCUAGAGAACCCAGGAACACCAACGGUGUCCAACACCAGAAGUGCUGCUAGCCGCUGUCUCAUUCGGCACCUUCAGCUGGAGAUCAGAGAUAAGUUUGACAAUCCCUGUAGCAGUGAUAUCUCAGGUAAAGUUAACCUUACAAUUAAGAGCAACGAUGGCUCCACAGACGUGCCGGUCUUUGUUGGGGGCAACAGCUCCUUGGAAAUACCCCUGAACUCUGGGAAAGCAACCCUCCAGAAUGUUUGUAUCCAGGAGAAUUCUGCAGGUAAAGAUGGGGAGGAGUAUCAGCUGAUCUGUACUGUGGUCAGUCCUAACCACGACAAGAAAAACCCCGUCCCACAGCUGGUCAUACCGUUUCUCUUCUACAACGAGUUGUUCUCAGGGAAAUAUCAGCUGACCUGUACUGUGGUCAGUCCUAACCACGACAAGAAAAACCCUGUCCCACCUCUGGUCGUACCGUUUCUCUUCUACAACGGUGAGUCUCUGUCCAGAUCUUUAGAGUUGUUCUCAGGGAAAUAUCAGCUGACCUGUACUGUGGUCAGUCCUAACCACGACAAGAAAAACCCCGUCCCACAGUUGGUCAUACCGUUUCUCUUCUACAACGAUGCCAGGAAGCAAACCCAGAUGGCAGCACUUUCCAAAGAGCGAGACAGCUUACAGACUGCGCUCAAGACUUACAAGUCCCUGUUUGACACCACAGAUCAGCUCAUCAUGGAACUUAAAAUUUCUGUCCAUGACGCUAGUCAAGAAGAACAAAGGCUGAAGGCAGAACUACGGAAACAUGGCAUUUCAGCUUCACAGUUAAAUACAUCCCAGAAUGUGGAGAAUCUGAUCAAGACUAGGGCCCGGGAGAAACAAGAGAUGCUAGAGCAGCCACGCAGGAAGUGUGGACUGACUCCAGCAAUGGCUUCCUCAGAGGUCAUUGGAAAGAUCAGUCACUUGGCAAAUGUAGCUGACGCCUCAAUAGCGCAUGUUCUGUCCUGGCACAUGUCCGCGGACAUGGACUGUGUGGUCACCAGCACAACGAAAAAGGCAAAAGAGAUCUACCACCAGACAGCUGGCAGGCAGCAAGUUCUUCCCCUUGAUUCCAUUUACAAGAGAAAUCUACCCGACUGGAGGAAACCGUUGCCUCACGUACGUCACAUGCCCAACUGGUGCCCCAGUGGUAACCCUGUGUAUGCCCGAAACAUGCUGGAGUUCACCCUCCCUGAAAGAGAAGAGGAGUGUAAGACAGUGUUUGGUAUGCUUCUAGGCGAGGUCCUCAUACUGGACACCAUUGAGGAUGCCACAAAUUACAGACAAGAGGUUGUGAAGUUCACCCAUUGCCCCACCAUCCUUACCCGUGAUGGGGACCGUAUCCGUAGUAACGGUAAAUUUGGGGGUCUGAUGAAUCGUGCCCUGCCCAUAGAGAAGCUGAGGGGGGCUGUGUUUGGAGAGCCCCUACCUGCCCAGUAUUCCAGCAUCUGUUCCCAGAUAGAGCUUUUAGAGGCGUAUAAAGAAGCCCAGAGCAAACAUCAGGCAGCCAGACAGGAGCUGGAGGAGCAGCAGCAGUGUAAGUCUGCCCCAGAGAUGAAGUCUAAGUAUCAAGAAUGUAAAGAGGUGGAGAAACAAUUGACCAACAUCGAGAAGAAACUGUUUGGUAUGAGCCAGUCUCGCCUCUCAACAGGAAUGUCACCACCCUCAAGGCCACGACCAAGAUCCAUGCAGCAAACCACGACGCCAACACCAGUGCAAACUACACACAGUGUCCAGGAGGUAGAACCUAGUCCCAGCAAAAGGCUGCGAAUGUCUCCACGUGGUACAUCUAUGACACCAUCACAAUCAACUUCCAACGUAGCUGCUGUCAACGGGAACUCUGAGCAGAACACGCCUCGGCGACAGAGUCGUCGUAUUGCAACGUCUCCAAGGUUGACCGACCCUAGAAAACGGAAACGGACACCAUGAGUUUCGUUGCAAAGAAAUGCUUACAUUCUUCUAUCGAACGUUCCUCUGUUCAGGAAAUGGUUUGAUCCCAGGCUGGUAAUGUGGAGUAUUAAAAAAAUAUGACACAGGCAGUGAACAAGCCCAUCUUGUCUGACAGGAUGGCAGGAGAUCUUGCUUUUGGCAGCAAGUCUUGUUAUCUUUGGUGCUAUAUUUUUUCUGUCAUAUGCAUUCAUGAUUGGUGUUGUUAACGUAUCACGUUAUUAACCCUGUUGGUUUAACAAAUCAAAUUAAGCUAUAUGGGCAGCCAAUCAGAUUGAGAUGUGCGGCUAGCCAAUCAGAUUGAGCUAUGUGAUUAGCCAAUCAGAGUAAGCUGUGUGUUUAGCCAAUUAGAUUUAUCUGUGUGGUUAACCAGUCAAUGCAAGAUGUUGUGAGCAUUUUAAUUUUGAACAGUAUUUUUGACAUUUUACUGUAAAGCUGAAGAUGUAAAUAGUUGCAUGAUCACCUGUUUCUAUUCAAUUUAUACUAAAACAAUGUCUGGUGUGAAUUUCAUGUUCUAUAUUAUUAAAAUCAGUGUGAGAACAAAAGAAAAGUGCUAUAAAUAAUAUGUGCAAGUAAAUAGUUCUUAGUGUGGUGAAUGAAACUGAAAGCAGUAAUGUUUUUUUUCUUUACAUGUGUAUGUAACAUUAAUAAUAUGGUGAUCUUAUUUCAAACUCUUGCAAGCAGUGCAAGCUGUGGGGUAAUUGUGAAAAUACCGGAGGAUCAGUUAUUGCUGAAUGAAUUUGAGCUAAAGAGAAUUCUGACUUACAGAUUAUAGAGUUUUAGCCAUGAGAGUUUCCCUGUAAGCUCGGCAUGCAUGUGAGCUAAAGACCCAACUCCGGUUAACGUGACUGUUGCAUCGGGUCUUAAGUGCUCAUAUAUGCAAAAUAACGAUGCUAUCCAGCUGAAGUUGUACUUUGUUGUUAUGUUUAUGCCGGUCAGUUUUAAAAUUGUACGACCAUCAGCGGAUGGAAUCAUAGCAGUACGACAGGUCGAGUUGAAUCAUAUGACAUUUUAUCUGAAAAGACCUCUAAAAUCGAAGUAGGCAUCACUAAAUAGACCACUUAAAACUAAGCAUAAAUAUUCUCUCAUUUAUUUUUUGUGAAAAGAGUUAAAGGCGCUGAAACAUCUGAAUUCUAAGCUAGGCUUUAUGGAACAUAUCAUCAGAGGUCAGGAACUCUGACCACACAGGAAGUUCAUCCAGUUCAAAUCAUGACACUGAAUGUUGGAAUGACCCUUUUUUGGUAAAAAAAAUUACCGAAAUAAUGUUCUCCCAAAUUUCUUCCUUCUGGUGAACAUCUGGGGAAAAAAGGG